AUGGGUUACGGUGAAUAUGGUGCUGCAUCUUGUUAUUUUCCGUCACAACAACCGAAUCCCAAUAUUUGGGAAUCGAGCAAUGUCUUAUCUGAAGAAGAUGAGGCAAAUGAAGAAUGCGAGGAUGAUGGUGAGGGAAAUGAAACUCCUUCUCCCCAUCAAAACUUCACUCAAAUGUUACAGCAACCACUCCAAAUAUCCAGCUACAUGAACACCAGCACCGACAUAAUUACCGGCACAAAUCAAAAGAAGGGUGUAUUUUGGAAGAGAGUCUUGGACGCAUACGAUGCUGCCAGGGAAUCGAAUGCAGAUGAAAUAUCCCUACGAACUAUUAGUAGUUUGAAGGGAAGGUGGAUGCGAAUCUCUGAAGCCGUGUUAAAGUGGUGCAGAAGCUAUGAUAAGGCCCGGAAGCGAAAGGGAAGUGGCUAUAACGAAGAUGAUGUUAUCCAAGAGGCCCACAAAAUCCAUGAGAACUCAUUCGGACGAUUCACCUUCUACGAGGAAUGGAUCCAAUUAAGGAAGUGGGACAAAUUCCGGUCUUUCUUGGACCAACAAACAUUCAAGCCUUCGGUGGGACGUCCACAUUCAACUCCACUGACGGAUGAGUCUGUAGGGAGCGGAAGUAGUGGGAAGAGGACACGGGAUGAGGGUGACAAUUCCUCACCUACCACACCAACCAGCGUGGGUGUCGGUGAUGAGAGAGUAGCUCGUGCUGAAGGUAUUAAAAAGGCUAAGUCGAGAUUGAAGGGUAAAGCUCCAUCAAGUCAAGCAUUUAAGGAAUUAGAAACAUUCAACAGCCGAUUGCAGCUACUUGGGGAUUCGAUGAAUGUGUCAAACGAAGCAGAAAUGAAGAGACUUGAAAUACAGGAGCGCAAGGAGGCAAGGAAACAACGGAAAAUUGAGCUAGAGCAAUAUAGGAUCAACUGGGAGCAACUAUCUCGUCUAGAACAGAAAGUAAACCGAGAACAGUGGGAAGACGAAAUGAUAGUAAUACUUCGGAACAAAAUGAAUUCUUACGUUUGCAGUUACUAUUAG